AAUUUGAAACAGACUCCUUGGUUUCAUUUCAACUCUCUUAGAUAUCUGGUCUGAACUUUCUUUCAUUUCUCAUAAUUCCUUUCAUGUGAAAAAGAUUGUGUGCGCACGGUGCUCACAGAAGGUCGCGGUCGUUUUGUUGUGGUCGCUAUGGCAAUAACAUGGCUUGGAAAGAUGGUAUUGAUCGUGGUGGUAGCAGCAAUAUUUAUGGUCUUCGUUGAAGGAGUUGUUGAAGAAAGCAGCAGCUCUUGGAGAGAUUUAGAAUCAAAGAAUCAUCUUAGACGUCUUAAUAAGCCUCCUGUCAAGACUAUAAAGAGUAAAGAUGGGGAUAUAAUCGACUGUAUUGAUAUCCAUAGGCAACCUGCUUUUAAGCAUCCUUUACUCAAAAAUCAUAGAAUCCAGAUGAGGCCCACCACCUAUCCAAGAGGCAAUGGACAGAGGGUUUCGAGGGCCCCACCCCAAUCGGCAUGGCAAAAGAGUGGAACUUGUCCGAAAGGAACGGUUCCGAUUCGCAGGACCCGAAAGAGGGACAAAAUCAGAGCCGUCUCCUUCCAAAGCCCAGGGAGAAGAUAUCCUACUGCAUCCUCAGACAACAGCUAUGGCCAUGAGAAUGCAUUAAUAUAUACGAAAGAUGACGUGUUUCUCGGAGCAAAGGCACAAAUCAAUGCCUGGAACAUCCAUGUCGAGCCCAAUGAAUUCAGCGCUUCGAAGAUCACGAUUCUCAGCAGCGACGGUCCGGAUGCUAGCAGCAUUCAAGUUGGAUGGAUCGUACAUCCGUUGCUGUUUGGAGAUGACAAAACCAGAUUAUUUACGUACUGGACUGGAGAUGGUUUUAAUAGAACGGGGUGUUUCAACGUACUGUGUCCGGGUUUUGUGCAAGUAAGCAAGAACGUAGUUCUGGGUGCGGAUAUAACUCCUCUUUCUACCUACAACGGCACCCAAUACAUCAUUGACCUUAUGGUCUACAAGGACCCCAAAAAUGGGAACUGGUGGCUCGUGUAUGGCAAUGAACCGGUGGGAUACUGGCCCACACCUUUGUUCAAGAACUUAAAGGAAGCCACUUUGAUUGAAUGGGGAGGAGAAGUUCUCAACACUGCAAUGGGUGGCAUCCACACCACUACCCAAAUGGGCAGUGGACAUUUUCCUUAUGAAGGACCUGGAAAAUCGAGUUACUUCCGGAACAUCCUCACCGUCGAUCAGACGAACAUUUUUAGGGCCCCUGAUUGGGUGGUACCCUUCAGCGACAAGCCCCAGUGCUACAAUGUUAGAUAUGAUGGUUCUAAGAUAGGGAAGGAUAUGGGCUAUUUCUUCUUUUUUGGUGGGCCUGGUGAAGGUGCUGACUGCCCAUGAAGGUUGAUAAUUUAAUGAUGAAAAUAAGGUAUUGUAUGCAAGUUGAUAGGGGUGGCCCAGUGGGGAAGGGUUGGAAUAUUUUUGUAAUAGUUGGGGCAAUAAACAUUUUUAAUUUUUAUUAAUUGUGAAAGGAAAUAAAAUGGUCUGAAUUAGUUAUGCAUGCAUCAGAA